AAGCAUUCAUUCUUUGCUUUGUCAUUAAAAUCACUACAACCACCACCAUAAACCACUACCACUUUGAUCAUGCCGGAGACAAAUACGACGUCGUGGGGGCUCAGCCACCUUUUCUUGACGGUUUUCUUGUUCAACUUCUCCCAUUUCAUGGUGAUUCCGGCGAUAACCGACGUCAGCAUGGCCGCACUUUGUCCCGGAGAAGAUGAAUGCUCCUUCGCCAUUUACCUCACCGGAGUUCAACAAGCGAUCACUGGGAUUGGAAAUCUGCUGAUGAUGCCCCUAAUUGGAAAUUUAUCCGAUCAGUAUGGACGGAAACUACUUCUCACUUGCCCAAUGACGCUAGCAAUUUUACCUAUAGUGAUCUUGGCAUAUAGCAGGGAGGAGGGUUUCUUCUAUGCAUACUUUGUGCUCAAAACUCUCACCUCCAUGUUGUGUGAAGGGAGUGUCAUCUUUCUUGCACUUGCUUAUGUGGCGGAUAACGUGGCGGAGGAACGACGGGCAUCGGCGUUCGGAAUCCUCUCCGGCAUCUCAUCAUGCUCAUUCGUCACCGGAAACCUCCUCACUCGCUUCCUCCCAUCCGUCGCCUCCGUCUUCCAAGUAUCUGCAGCUACCGCAAUGGUUUCUGUAGUCUACAUGAGGAUUUUUCUGCCGGAAUCGAACAUGACAGCUGCGGUGAUUGCUGUUGCGCCGGAAAAAGAAACGACGGAUGAAUGUUUACUCGAUAAUCGGCGAGUUUCACGUGCGGUUCCUUCGUUGCGUGAUUCGUUUUCGUUGUUGAAAAGCAGCUGGACUUUUUCACAAGCAGCUAUUGUGGCAUUUUUCAACAUGCUUGGUGAACUUGGCCUGAUGUCUGCAUUAUUGUACUAUUUGAAAGCUGAAUUCCAUUUUGACAAAGACCAGUUUGCUGACCUAAUGAUCAUACAUGGGAUUGCUGGAAUCAUAUCUCAAUUGAUUCUCAUGCCUGUGUUGACUCGGGUUAUCAAUGAAGUACACCUUCUUGCAAUCGGGCUUGCUUUCAGCUGUAUAUAUAUUUUUCUUUAUUCUGUAGCUUGGAGCUCAUGGGUUGUCUAUCUUGCAUCAACGUUGCAGAUUCUGUCCGUUUUUGCAGGACCAAGUUUACGGAGCAUUGUAUCCAAACAAGUUGGCCCUACCGAACAGGGCAAGGCACAAGGGUGCAUUACAGGCCUAUGCUCAUUUGCCGGUAUCAUCUCCCCAUUAAUUUUCAGUCCUCUUACAGCUUUAUUCCUAUCGGAUCAUGCUCCAUUUCACUUUCCUGGUUUUAGUCUUAUGUGUGCUGCCUUCACUGUGAUGAUAGCAUUCAUCCAGAGCAUCAUGAUCAAGGCUCCAAUUUCAAAUUCAAAAACCGACGAAUAUGAUCCGUUGCAGAACCCUAGCUACCCAUGUCAGCCUUAGAUUUUGUAAGUAUUAAAGGCCUGUGCAAAUUAGUUAGUUGCACUAAUUUAUUGUAGAAAUAUGCAUGGAAAUCCAUAGAAGAUAUAGAUACAUGAAAGUAUAUAUAUUUGAAAAGUACAUAUUUCUAGUCAAUCUUGUAAGUCUAUAUUGUAUAUAUACAACAUGAUGUGUUAUGAUGCUUCUUGUCAUAACCUUGUGAAGGUGAAUCGUGUAGUUAGUAAUCCAAUAACAAGUAUAUAGUUUCAUA